CUCUCUUCAGCGCUGCUGGCUGUGGAUAUGACAUGCAGCAGAAAAGGAAGCUGAGGUUUCCUCUCACAAAUGAUACGUGACCGGACAAUUCAUCACACAAGGGUAGCUGUUUACUGGAGUGCGUGCAAAUGGAAGGAGGCCUGAUGUUUUCACCAGUGAUGGCCCACGCUCUGGUCUCAAUGGAGAACCUCGUCUACAUCAUCACUGUGCCACUGUCGACCUCUAUCAUCCUGGCCAACCUGGUCAUCAUCCUGGGCAUCUCAUGCAACCGCCAGCUCCACAACACGCCCAACUACUUCUUCCUCAGCCUGCUGGUGGCUGACAUGUGCACGGGCGUGGCGCUGCCCUUCAUCCCGUUGAUGGGUCUGAACCGGGAGCUGAGCUUCAGCUCCUGCCUGGUGGCUCACAUCUUCCCAAAUUUCCUCUUCUUGGCGUUUUUGUCCAACCUGGUGAUGGUCCACUACGAGCGCUACAUAUGCAUCGUCAACCCUCUGCACUACAACAACUUGUGGAUGCAUCGGCAUUUCUCCUUGGCACUGCUUAUCGUGUGGGCACCGCCGCUUUUGUUUGCGUCUCUGCCCGCUUUCGGGUGGAGUAACUGGUCCGGACCAGACUGGAACGACUGCUGGGAAAGCGCCGCAAAGUUUCCGCCUCUUUCUAACUGUACAGCCAACCUGACGUUGUGCUGCUCCUACAGGCGGGUGUUCCCCAACACCUUCAUCUACUUAGAAGUGUACGGCCUUGUUUUACCGGCCAUUCUUCUCAUCGCUGGCAUGAUCGGACGGGUACUGUGGAUCACAAGAGGCCAGAUGAAGGACAUCUGCCGCCUCCAUAGAGCGGUGGAGCGAGGAAACCAGACGUCGGACCAGAAACAGAAGCUGAAUUUGCGGUAUACCCGCUGCUUAGUGGCGGUGUCCCUGACCUUUCUGGCCUGCUGGGUUCCCUACCUUAUUUACAUGCACGUCUGUAUAGCAUUCCUCAUCAUUGACACCAAGCAGAACUCCAUUACUCACAUUGUGUUGUCUUGCAUUGGCAUCGGAAGCAUGGCUGUGGUGCCGAUGGUCCUCGGUUUGGCCAACAAGCAGUACACGGAACCAGCGUUCAAGCUUCUCCAGAAACUCAGAGACAGGUGGAGGGCGCGGGGCUCAGACGAGACUGCACUCUGAAAUAAUGCAGUGUGUUAAUAUUUAUCACGUUUUUCUGCAAGAAUCGGUAUCAGAAAGAGUUUGCGGCAGCUUGUUUUACAGCGAGUUGAAUUACAGUACUGUGAAGGUCAUGUUUUAUAGCAAAGGCAUCAUAAAUGUCAAAUAGUGAAGUUGUUACCUCCAGUAGUUCCCUUACCUGCAGUAGAAAAAUGUCAACAUGGUCAUGUUAGAAAAAUAGUCAUUGUCAGAGCAGAGGGAGGCGAACCACAGACAUUUUUAUUCUUGCUGAAUUUAUCUGAACUAAAUUAAACUUAACUUGACCUUUCUGCCACCCACAAAGCCCAGUGAAAAUAUCACUAGAAAAUAUUGAUCUAUAAAGAUGGACAUGUGAAUAGUUUUCAACUACAUUAUUAGGAAAUCUAGGAAUUUUCUCUUCUUUCUUUUUCCACAUAAAUACUCAGUCCAAUCAAUUUGAAUUUGCAUGUAUUUAUUUAUUUAUUUGGUAAGCUUAUUUUUUUAAAUUCAUAAAUGUAAAAUAAAAAACAGCCAGAAAUCAAUUUUAAAAUCUAACAUGCUAUAUUUUGCUUCUGACAUUUCUGGGAGCUGUGACUCCAUUAAAACACUAAAAUAGUGCAAAAUAAACCACAAAAAAAAAAAAAAAAAA